AUAUAUCACAUUCAGCCUAGAAGAUUAAGAAGAUUACCAAGUUCAUAAUAAUCUGAGGGGUAAAGCAAAGAUGGUUGAUGAUGGUCAUGAGCAAGAACAGAUGCUUCCAAUUGCCAACGUGGAUCAGAUCAUGAGGCAAGUCCUGCCACCAAGAGCCAAGAUUUCAAAACAAGCAAAGCAGACAAUACAAGAAUGUGCCACAGAGUUUAUAAGCUUUGUGACUGGCGAGGCUUCUGACAAGUGUCACAAGGAGAAUCGCAGGACAGUGAACGGAGAUGAUAUCUGUUGGGCUCUGGCUGCUCUAGGGCUUGAUGACUAUGCUGAGGCUAUUGUUAGGUAUUUGCAUAAAUAUAGGGAAGCAGAACGGAAAAAGGCAAAUAACCAAAACAAAGCAACAACUACUCCAGAAUCAAAAGAAAACAAUGGCCAAGUUCCUACUUUAGAGAACAAAGAAGCUCAGAAAGAAGAUGCAGAGAGCAGACAACCAUCUUGAAAAGAAAAUGCCCAGAAAAUGAGAAGGUGCAGGAGGUUUUGAAGGAAGAAGAUGAAGAAAAGUGUUCUGUUCUCCUCUUAGGACUGUGGGUUUAAUUUUUUGGCUUGUCAAAAAUUAAGUUUUUAGAUUUAGUAGGUUGGGGACAGUUUACUCUAGUUCUUUGCAGCAAGUUUUAUAGACUGAAGUACCUAAAAUUUUGGGUCUAAUGGAACUAAUGCAGUAAUUUGCAACACCAUACUUGACCCAAAACUUUGGGACUAACUGUAUCAAUGCAGUAAUAUGUGACAUUUUCUUGAUAGAAUGAUCAAGGAUUAAUGCUGCUGUCAUAAGCGCCGAAAUCGCAGCAUUGAACUCCAUAAUCUAGUCAGCCUGCAUCUCUUGUCAGGUAGCGCCGACCGGCACUUUGGCAAUCGUGAAUGCCAAUUAAUUAAAGCUAAAACUGGAAU